GCUACAACAAGGACCAUGUUCUCGCGUCCUGCUGUCCGGAGAUGGACCUCUUUGAAGGCAAUCGCUUCGUGCAAGCCUUCACUGCGCAUCCCUGCAAGCUGGCGAAGGCGACCGUCUGCAACUCCUCCGAGGUGAAGGACUGCGGUGCCGCCUGCGACAGAGCAGGGGCCGACAUUAACACCUUCCGUGAAUCAGGGCCCGGCCAUGCGCUCUACGACAUGCUCGAUGUCUCUGCUCCGUUUAAGAUCAACACGAGCUUCAUUACGGACAACGGGCAUCCAAACGGUACCCUGGUGGACAUCGUCCAGAUCUUCAGCCAGAACGGAGAGCAGAAGGGCAGACUCUCCUUCGCCGACCGCUUCAAAGCAGCGAAGAGCGAGGGCUUUAGGCCGGAGGAUGAAUUCGCAACGGUCUACGGCAGCUUCGCGGCACUCAGGUUAUAG